AUGCCUACCACAGCCAUGCCUACCAAGACGAAAGACAAAAGUGACUACAAACUGCCGACAUACAUGAAUCCAGAAUCCCAUCGGAUCGUGAACAAUUAUCUAAUUUCCAAGCCGAAGCCUCGACCUCAGCUCCUUCUUGAGGCACCACCGGAGGGCAAGCAAUCACAGAAUGGGCAUCUAGAGAAGAAGAAGAAUGUCGCAUUUGACCUCUCAGACUCGACCUACUUGAUACUCCUCCGGGUUCUCGUACUCAAGGUCCUACUCGUUCUGACUAUCCGCCGGGAGCGCCUCAUUGUCCUACCCGUCCCCCUCCCCCUCCUCCAACUCCCUCUGGUCCCGCAUGAAUCGAUGGCUAUCAGGUUACAGCGCUCUCUGUUGGCCCGCAAGAGGAAGAAGGAGCAGUCUGCACUGUCGGAAAUCUUCGAGCCUCCAUCCAAGACCGUGGCCGCGGUGUCUGUGCCGCCGAUGGAGCCCGUGGAUUCUGAGACGAGUGGUGGCAUUGUCUAUCCUAAAGAGCUUGGUGAUCUUAUUCGAAAGAGCGGGUACUGCGUCCUUGCUCCGGCUUGUCCGAUGUGGGUCCUCAAGGACGUCCGUGAGGAGCUCCGAGACCGCAAACUGGCCUCUAUUGGACGCUCGAGCGUGUCUUUCGGUAGCACUACCACUCUCUCGGUCCGCAGUGGAUCGAAUACAGUCGCAGAUUUCAUCCAUGACAAGAUAAAGACACCCUGGAAAGUGACCUUUCAUGCUGCGGAAAAGAAGGUUGGAGCAGCCGCUCCAAAUGCAUCUGAACCUACCAGUGCCUUCGACUCGGAUACCGACGACGAGCGUGCGGUGCCUCGGAUGACCAAUAUGUGGUUUCAGGGUGCCAGAUGUUACAUAGACCUUCAUGCCUUCGAGCCUCCGGAUUGUAAUGAGAUCCUUCACGUGAAAGAUUCAAAAGGUCACAAUUACUUGACGGUCGAAGAAAUUGAUGGGAAGCUUCUUGUCACAGUCGGUCUUCUAAAGAUCAUCGUAGCCGAGCUGGCCAACCCGAUCUUGACCACGCAACGCGAGCGCAAUCGAUAUGCUUUCAAUCCGACCUUCGAUCUGAUGGACGCAGUCAUUUGGGCCAUAACAAUGACAGAGCUUCUCCAGUACUGGCUCAUCACCUAUCAUGUGGACUUUACUGAUCCCGAGGACGAGGAAGAGCUUCUGGAGGCCUACCAGCAAUUCAUUUACACUUCGAAAAGCCUUAACAUGGAUUCCGAAGUUGUCGAAGCGACGAUGGACGUCCUGACCAAGAGCCAAAAAUAUUUUAACGAAUUGAUCGAAUACCUGCAGCGCAAUGAGGGACACUUCCUCACUUUUGACGACGCCUGGGUCACUUACUGGUCGCCCCCGUCAGAGGGGAAAUUCAUUCAGUUUUCUAUAGAUGCUACUUCUGAGCAACUCGCCAACUAUCUCGCUGCGGUGCAUCUGGUGAUGUUUCGUGAUGUCUGCAACCGAAUGGCCUUGCGGUCCUGGUUGAGGAGGAGCGAGGAGGACCCAAAGCCGUCGAAAGUGGAUGCAGACAGUCCAAGAACUUCCUUGUCCGUCAAAAAGCCCUGGGAAGAAUCAGGGCAACGGGUUGAAUUGUUCUUGCAACGUAUUGAAGUGAUCAUCCAUUGGGUCGCUGUAGAGAUCCUCCAAGCAGAAUGCGUCCAAGACCGAGUAGACGCGAUCCAAUUGUUCAUCGAUACUGCCGGAAGACUGAAGACGAUCGGAGACCUUUAUGGAGCAUACUGCAUAGUGCGAGGCCUCUCCGAGCCACCUGUCGGUGGACUGGAAGUCAGUUGGGAGAGUGUCACCCCAAAUCGCCUGGCCCUUCUAAAGGAACUUCGAACAGAUCUCGUUCAUGAGGAUGGCUACAAACGCUCAUACCGCCGGGCGAUGGCGCCAGUCGUCCCGAGACUGGAAUUCUUCCUUGAUAGCAUAAGGAAAAUUCACCAGCAAAAAGAUGAUAGUUUCAAGCACAACCGCCUCAACAAAACCCACCGCGAUAUCCUCAUGGAGUCCCUGGGCGGUGUGGACGUUUCCCACUACACGAAUACCUAUAUUCGUCCCAGCGGACCCGCACAGCAGCCAGACAAGCUUGAUGUCCUCAAGUACUACAACAUGAAGAAGAUAAUCCAUGCGUUCAGGGAGAAAUCUGAAGGAAAGUACGCUCUGUCGGAUUCGGUUAGACGCUAUUGGCUGGUUUUCAAGAUUCACGUUCCCAGCGUUCAUGCCCUUAAGCUCGUACCGGCGACAAUGCCGGCUACGAUUGGAGGCAAAGCCUCUCGACUUUACCACUUGUGUGAGGCCGUUGAGAUUCGCAUGUUACAAGCCUGGAUCAUGGGAGAGCCACAUCCGAUUUACCCUGCAGGCAGCGUUAACGAAGUCACCACGGAGGAAUACAGACGGCUCUUGAGGCGGAAUGGGCAGAGGACUCUCCUCAACGCUACCGGCGAGGUGGGAGAGAUUUAA